CAGUGACAGGAGUUCAGUGGACUCUCCGACACAGUGGUGUCUGUUGCUGGAUGGGCUUAUCAUGGUGAAGGAGUGUCAGACUGGGGGCCAAGAUGCUUCCAUUCCAACUCUUGGGCUGUAGGUGACAUCCUGGGUCCCCACUAGACAUUUGGCUGCCAUGAUGCUGGACUCACAGGCAUCCUCACUCUGACUAGUUCUGUGACCUUGGGCGAGCCCCUUCACCUUUUGGAGCCUCUAAAAAUGAUGUACGGUUACCUAUGUGUCAGGGCUCCGUGAGAUCCCUACAAAGGGCUGUGUUGCUGUAGUUGCCCAGCACCUGUGAUUCCUUGUCUGGAUGAUUCCCCUAACCCUUUGUGACAUGUGACUCCCCCAUAGGGGUUGAGCCAUCUGGGGGCUGGGAGGGGAGGGUUGGGAAGGCCACUUGCCCAGGGUGAGGUUGAAGGCCACAGGGCGUGGAGGCAGGGAUAUGCCCUCCCUCCCUCCUUCCCUUCCACUCCCCAUGAGCUUUGUCUUCUCUAAACACAAAACCUGGAAAUGGUUGAGGAAGAUGGACCCUCCUAACCAUUGUUUGGGGCGGGAGUGGGUGUCCUGGAAGCAUACUGGGUGGAUAGUGGGGGACUGGCAGCUGCAAUGUGCCUGUGGGGUGUCUGUCUGGGAAUGGGAGCGGGUGGGUAGGAGGCAGAGAAGGCGGCAUUCGUUCAUUUGGCAAGUCCUUUCUGAGCACCUACUGUGUGCCAGGUUCUGGCUGGGAACAGGGGCUCCAGUGGGCACUAGGGACAGGCCCUGCCUUCCAUGGUGUGGUCCCAGCCCAGGUGGGAGACAGCCCAUAACCUGGUCACUCAGCUGUUCGCUGGCGACAUUCACGUGUCUAGCAGUUAAGCUUGCCCUCGGCCAGCCUGCGUUGUCCCUGGCUGCGGGCCAGGCCCUGGACUGGGCGUCAUGUCCUCUUCUCUCAGCCAGUUCUGCCAGCAUCCCAGAGUGAUAAGAUUCAUGGUGGUGAUUGUCCAGCUGAGGAAGCCAGGGCCCACACAGUGACAGGCUCCACACAUCAGCUCAGGAUUUUGGAUCCCCCUCCUUGCGGUGGGCUCUAGAGGGGCAGCAUAUACAGGGGCUUCCUCCUGCCUCCCACUGCCGCCCUAACGUGAACACCUGUUCCGGAAACCAAGGCCAUUGUUCCCACCAUCCUUCCUCCCCUGGGGCUUUUCCUGUUUGUAUCCCUCCUACUGUAGCCCCCAACCCCACGGGUGCCAGGUGCUUCCCUUGGGAACUCCACCCCUUGGCAGGAAGAGGGAUUGAGCUAAGUUUUCCCCUUCCAGAGGGAAGAAGGAAUGGAGAUUCUGAGGCCAUUAGCCCUGGUUCCCUGUGCCCACUGCCCACCCCCCUACCUUGGGUAGGCAGCCUGGCAGGAGAAUGAACAAAGUCAAGAGUCGGACAUCACUGGAGUCCUCAGCUGGCCCAGUCCUGGAAGGGGCCCCUAUCUUGCUGCUUCAGGUCCUGGUCCCUCUGUGACCGCAGUUACACACUGUCCCCUGGCUGGAGCUGGGGUGCCAGACAGGUGGCCUUGGGAACUGUACCCCUUUCUCUAGGAAUCCUGUCCCGGUUUCUUUCUGGGACCCACAUCUGCCACCCGUGGGUGGGCCAGGUGGGGAGCUGGCAUAGGGAGCAAGCACCUGGUUUUAGAGCAUCAGGGGAGUUGGGCACCUACCUGCCCCUGAUGGAGCCUCCUGACCUCCAGAAGCAGCCGCUUGUGCCCUGGUGAAACUUCAUGGCCAGAGCCCCAGGCCCUGCUGGCAUUGCCAUGGGCAGCGUGGGCAGCCUGUUGGAACGUCAGGACUUCUCCCCUGAAGAGCUGCGGGCGGCACUUGCGGGGUCUCGGGGCUCCCGCCAGCCUGAUGGGCUCCUCCGGAAAGGCUUAGGCCAGCGGGAGCUCCUCAGCUACCUGCACCUCCCCAAGAAGGACGGCAAGACCACCAAGCGGGCCCCUCGUAACGAGCCUGCCGACUAUGCCACCCUCUACUACCGGGAACAUCCUCGGGCUGGUGAAUUCAGCAAGACCUCGCUGCCUGAGCGGGGUCGUUUUGACAAGUGCCGCAUUCGCCCAUCAGUGUUCAAGCCAGUGACAGGCACCGGGAAAGGCUUCCUGUCCAUGCAGAGCCUGGCGGCCCACAAGGGCCAGAAGCUGUGGCGCAGCAACGGCAGCCUGCACACGUUGGCCUGCCACCCACCCCUGAGCCCUGGGCCCCGGGCCAGCCAGGCCCAGGCCAGGGCCCAGCUGCUGCACGCCCUCAGCCUGGAUGAGGGCGGCCCCGAGCCUGAGCCCAGUCUGUCUGACUCCUCCAGUGGGGGCAGCUUUGGCCACAGUCCCAGCACUGGCCCUGGUCCCUUCAGCUCUUCCCUGGGCCACAUUAACCACCUUGGGGGCUCUCUGGACCGGGCCUCACGGGGUCCCAAGGAGGCUGGGCUGCUGCCUAUGAUGAGCUGCCUGCCCGAACCUCCGCCUCCCUAUGAGUUCUCUUGUCCCACCGCUGAGGACAUGGUGGCUGUGCUGCCUGACUCCUGUGAGGAGCUCAAGAGGGGCCUCAGUGAUGAGGAUGGCUCCAACCCCUUCACGCAGGUGCUAGAGGAGCGCCAGCGGCUUUGGCUAUCUGAGCUAAAGCGCCUAUACGUGGAGCGGCUGCAUGAGGUGGCCCAGAAGGCCGAGCGCAGUGAGCGCAACCUCCAGCUCCAGCUGUUCAUGGCCCAGCAGGAACAGCGGCGCCUGCGCAAGGAGCUGCGGGCGCAGCAGGGCCUGGCCCCAGAGCCCCGGCCUCCAGGCACCCUCCCAGAGGCCGAUCCCAGCACUCGACCAGAGGAGGAAGCCCGAUGGGAGGUGUGCCAAAAGACGGCGGAGAUUAGCCUCCUGAAGCAGCAGCUACGGGAGGCCCAGGCCGAGCUGGCGCAGAAGCUAGCAGAGAUCUUCAGCCUGAAGACGCAACUUCGGGGCAGCCGGGCCCAGGCCCAGGCCCAGGAUGCAGAGCUGGCCCAGCUGCGUGAGGCUGUGCGGAGCCUGCAGGAGCAGGCCCCACGAGAGGAAGCCCCCGGCAGCUGUGAGACUGAUGACUGCAAGAGCAGGGGGCUGCUGGGGGAGGCAGGAGGCAGUGAGGCUGGAGAUGGUGCCGAGCAGCUGAAGGCUGAGCUGCUGCAGGAGAGGCUCCGGGGCCAGGAGCAAGCGCUGCGCUUCGAGCAGGAGCGGCGGACAUGGCAGGAGGAGAAGGAGCGGGUGCUGCGCUACCAGCGGGAGAUCCAGGGGGGCUACAUGGACAUGUACCGACGUAACCAGGCGCUGGAACAGGAGCUUCGGGCACUGCGGGAGCCCCCUACACCCUGGAGCCCCCGACUUGAGUCCUCCAAGAUCUGAGGUCAGCGAAGCGAAAUGACAGCAGAAGCACUGUCAGAAGACGGCUUGGACAAGCCCGCCCUGAGAUGACCAAUUCCUUCCUUGCAUUGGUCUGGGGCAGAAUCUGCCGAGACCAGCCGGGGAUGGGGAGGCUCGCCGAGAGUGGUGGGAUCCAGUGGGGCUGUGGGCUGGAUGGGGUGCCCGCAGCAGAAAUCAGGGCCAGACUUGGCUGAGGAGCACCCAGGCAGGGUCCAGCCCUGCUCCCUAGAGUAGGUGUAGCCCAGAAAAGGAGGUUAAGGAAUGAAGUGCCCUGUGAUGCAGAAGGGCCAAGGUGAGGGAUGAAGUCUGGGGUGGGAACACUGGCCUCCCCAGAAUAAAACCAUGUUUUCUACUAGGAGGUGCCAGAUGAUCACGUUGAGCCUGUUGCUGGCCUGAGUCCGGAGGAUUGUGGAUGGUCAGGGUCAGGGGCUGUUCAUCUGGGCUGUAGCUUCCUCCGUGGUCAUGGGCAAUGGGGAGGGUGUGCCCUGCGCCUCAGCACAGCUGCUUGGCAUGCAUGUUGGGGAGCAGAGGAAUCCCUGCCCCAAUACCAUGCAGUUCCUUUGCUGCCAUGUGGGCUGAAAUUCCUUUCUUUAGCACCAGUGGAACUUUUCAGAAGGAACAAUGCCAGGGAACACAAGCAAACAAAAGGGCAAGUCAACCAAGGCAUUUCUAGAACAUGAAAGGUCCCCUUGGUGGGAAGUCUGGGCCCCAGGUGCCCAUUCCCCGGUAGAUGUGGGGCCAGCCUAAGAGAGCUUCCGCUGGAGAACCUUAUGGCUCCUGGUAGAGCUCUUCCCCUUCCAGAAGGUACCUCCCCCUUUCUGACUUGUGCACCCCUUCCUCCUUAGGGCUGAGGGCCUUGGGAAGGUGCAGGAGACAGACAGAGAAAGCUUGCCGGUCACUUGGUAAAGGGCCUGUACCACAGCAGAGAAUGUGGACAUUUCCCCAUAGGCAUGGGGGGCCAUGGGGUGUUCUUGAGCAGGAGAGAGAUAGGAUCUGAUUUGUAUUCUGGAAAGCUCCAUCCUGGGAGAAAGCACCCCAACCCCGCCCGUGGCCCUGCAGGGGCCUCCCCUCUUAGGCAAGGCUGGUCCUUGGCCCCCAAAAUCCACUCCCGCCCUUGCCCUCUCAGACAUCUGGCUUCCCUUCUGGGCCCUUUCUCAUUCCUGGGUGGGUGGCCUGGAGCACAGAACCAAUCUGGCUGUGCAAGCGGUAUCUUCCCAGCCCCUGCUCUGAAGCUCUGGAUCCUUACAGAUGCAUCACUGUCACUGCUACCACCCAUUGAGCACUUCCUGUCUACCAGAUGCUGGGUUAGGCUGUCAGGGCAUGGGGGCUCAGGGUUAAAUUAGACGUGCUUCCUGCCCCAAGGGAACCAGCAUACAGACAUCUCCCUCCCAAGCCCUGCCUGGUGGUGGGGGAGUAGCCACCUCUGAGAAGUUCUCAACAGAAACCCCCAAUUUGCUCCCUUUAGUGAUGCUGGCUCCCUCCCUGGCCAUGCCUGGCUGGGGCCUGAAGGGUCCUGGUGGUGGAGUGGAGUUUCCAUGCAAGGGUAGCUGUGAGGUAUGAGCCAGUGUGUCCUGCCUUUUUAGGGUGGAGAGUGGGGUGUGUGAAUUGUCUGCCAUGAGAUGGUAUGUUUAUGUCCCUGUGAAUGGCAGGUGUUUACAGUAGAGACGUGUUAUGGGUGGUGGGUGUGUCUAAGGGGGUGUGUUUGGGGCUUCUGUAUUGGAGGCCGGGAGGGCUGCUUCCUGGUCCCUCCCUCUGUCCCAUUCUUUCCCACCAGUCUUAGCCCCUUUUAGCAGGCCAGGGCAGACCCCUGGGCCAAGCUGAGACCCAUCUGAGUUCACCCCUGAGCCCGGGUCCUCUACCUGGGGAGGAAAAGCAGGGACACCUGGUUAGGCAGGCCGGGCCCUAGUAGGCCUUGAUACCCAUUUCACACGGCCCUCCAAGCUGAGGUUUCUGGGUCAGUGACUCCUCUAGAGGGCCCUCCAGAGCCCAAUGCUGGCCUGAAGCCUGGGUCACCCCCAGGGCCUGGAGCUGGUCAGGCUGGGUGCCCACAGUGCCAGGGUCCACCUUUUGGUGUCCUAGCUCUGCAGAACAGCUCCCCACCCAGCAAUUAGGGAGCUGGGCCGGCCAGUACAGCCAGCGGGGAGUGGGUGGGCGGUACCAAAACUUGGCAGCUGUGCCAGAAACCAAGCCAGGCCCAGAUAUAGGGGGAGGGCGCGAGAGAGCUGAAGCUGGGGCGUCUCAGAGGGAACCAGAUCCCUGUUAGCUCAUCCCUGCCGGGCAAACCAGUUCCCUGUCCCCAAGCCGGCUGGGUGGCUCUUGGGCCGGCCGAUCACAGGUGCCACUGUAGUGGCUACUGCUUGGGGCAGCCCUCAACUCCCCAGCUGUUCUUAGACCCUCUUCUCUAGUAGACUAGGCCCAGGAGUGAAUUCUCUCCAGGACUGAAACAAGCUCCCAGCACUGGCUUCCUGCCCUUGGGCCUUCUUGUCACUCAGAUAAUGUCAUGCCCUCCAGUGGCUCCCUGGACCCCUUAGCCUAUCACUUGAGGCAUCUCACAGUCUGGCCCCUGGGCUUGCUGAUCAAGGUGCCCCUCCUGAUGCCAGCCAGAUGUAGGGAGAGGGUGCGAGAGAGCUGAAACCUGGGCGUCUCAGAGGAAACCAGAUCCCUGUUAGCUCAUCCCUGCUGCCCUCUGGGUCCUCCAGGCAGACUCCCUUCCCAAUGCUUAGAUCUUGCCUCCUCAGGGAAGCCUUCCAGGCUAUCUCCUAUGUCCACAGCCCCCAUGUCUCUCCUCUAGCUCCUUCUGUGCUGCUGGCAUUGUCAGUUUGCCUCUGUCUCCACUGGGCUGUGGGCAUGGCUGGGGCAGGGCCGGGGCUUCUGUUUUCAUCCCCAGAGCCUGCUCUCAUUCUAGCCCAGAAGGCACUCACGGGCUUUGGGUUCAAAACAGACCAGACCCCUCCCCUGACUGGCAUGGGUUCAAGCUAGGGGUGGGGUGGGAAGGUGGCAAAGGCUCCAGUUCCCAGUGUUCAUUCACCUUUCUUGCCACUUGGUUCAAACUAGGUCUGUGCCAAGCACUAGGGCCCCUGAGCCAGUCACCAUUUACUGUGCAGUGAUGUGUAGAGUGCCUGCCUCCGGGAGGAAGCUAAGGUGCCAAGGCCUGUGCCCCUGUGGCCCUUCCUGGAGGGUGGGGGAGGGAAGCAACACACACACACACACACACACACACACACUCAGUAGGGAUUGGGCUGGAAGAGUGCAGACAUAGAGACAGAGGACAACAGAGAGACCUCUGCAGUGGUGUGCAAGACAGCUGAGUACAGAAAAGGCACAGGGAGUCUAGAGAAGGGAGAGUAAAUUUCUUUGAGAGAGGGGUGGGGGGGAGGUUGCUGCACUAAUAGGGAACAUUUUCCAAAGAAGGUGCAGGCCCCAUAGAGACGAUUCAGAUUGCAUAGCCCACGGCCCUGCUGGGUGGAGGCUUGGCCAUUGGUAUCGGAUUCAAGAACGAAAAAGGAUGUGCUGUUUCUUGCAAUAAAACCAAAAAAAGUGGA